AGUUCAAAAUUAGAAUAUCCUUCUUUAUUUCUUUUUCAGUUUACCAUGGAAAAGCAUCUAUACAUUCUUGUUAAAGUCGGUUGGCCACUUGCUUUUGAUUUCUUAGCAUUUUGAUAAGCAGUUACACAAAAUCAUGGAACCAUUUGUUCAGAAACAACAUUGCAAUGACUUUGACCUUAAUCACAGGGGUCAUUGACAGAUGAUUGACCAUCAGUCAGGAUAGAAGCAGAUGUCUUUUUGAUAAACUUGACUGAUUAUGAAUUUCAAGUGGCAUUUGACAGAUGAAUCCUGUGGUUGUUUAUGUUUUAAGCUGAUUUGGUCUGAAGAAAAAGAUUAAGUUACCUUGAAACAACUAUAAACAAUAGAUAAAGUAUUCAAUGAUAUUGACCAAAACUGAACCUUACAACAAUUUCGGUUAAAUUAGAUAUAUACGACUGCAAUACUGAAAGAUUUAGAUUAAAUAGAUGAUGCAUUGAAGCCAGCCGGAGAGCCAUUAGUGGGCGUGGUUGAUCCAAACAGUAUCACUUAACCAUGCUGGGACUCUGAGGUUGGAAUCUUGUAACAUAAGAUCAGACGGAACUAUAAGAGAUUCUCUAAGGAGAGAUGGAUUUUGUUCGCCGCCGACUUUCCCAGGGAGGAAGUAGUGAUGAGGAGGGGCGAUCACUGUCCUCAAGCUUCUCUGAAGGGACCUCACGGUUCUUCACCUCAAUGGUCGCCAAAAAGAAUGGCCUCAUCAAUAAUCUCUCCAACAAACUGGAGAACGUGAUGAAGCCUGCGUCAAGCCCCGAGGAUUCUGAUUCCGAGUCGGUGAGUCCCGCCCAGACACCUAGUUCCAACCACAGCUCGUACAGCAAUGGAAGCCGCAAUUACAGGGGAGACGACUUUUCAACUCAGCCAUAUCGGUCCAAGAAAAAGACGGAGAGAAUUGGCAUUCCACGGCGGCACAGUUCCUCUGGCUACUCAGACAGCAGUGGAAAUGAUGAAUUAACCACAGGAAAUAUCAGUUUUGAUGAGCCAUUGUACUCGCCUACAUCCAAAUCCACAUUCUCUUAUGAUUCAAAACAGGAGAGUUUGCCAAAAACAAACUGUAUAAGGACUGGAAAGGUUAAUAAUACUGACCAGGUGCAAAGCAGUUCUAAUGUGAAGGAUAGUUGUGAAAGUGAUAAUAAGACAGAAGUAGAUCUACCCAAGACAGUUCCCAAUGAGGUCAUACCAAUGAGGAAGACGUCAGAUGAUGAAGGGGAAAGUAAAUCAAAAGUUGCCUCCCCUGUGGAGAAAAGUGAAAAAGAGUCCAACAUUGAUAUAAAUGGAUUUAAGAGAGCCCCCAAGAUGAAACGGCGUUCAAGCACAGUAGACGAGAUGCUGUUUGAUGAUUAUGUUCCUCCGCCAGAGGAAGCGGAAGAAGAACAGGAUAAGUUUGAUGAAAGUGAUGAUGUGAAUUUGAACUCAAAGAGGAAAACACUGAUUCCUAUGGGAGACCUUAUUUCUUUUGACGAUGACCAAGAAAAUGAAUCAGAAAAUCGACGCAAAGUUCCUCUCAACAGUGAAAAGUUCUCUCCCUUUACCAGUGUUUCAAGCAUUGACAGUUCAGAGUACAGUGUAGGCAAUAACCACAAUGGGACAGAUUCAACCUCGGAGUCGGAGUAUGGGGGUUUCCCGAUCAAACGCUCCUAUUCGAUGGGGUCUGAGAACUCAUGGAGUUCAUCCCUCAGCAUCGAGAGCCAACCCGACGAACAGACUCUACAAUGUAUGGAGUUCAUGAAGACUUUUGUAGAUCAGAUAUUUGAUUCAAGCAGGGAGAUCUCACAAACAGACAAGGCCAAGUUUGGAGAACUUUGUCAGGAGGUGGCCGGGAGGCAGUGGUUUGCACGUUACGUUAACGGACAGAGAGUAAAUAACAAGAGGGUGACAGAACAGAUCUUUUUCCGCCUGAUGCAGUAUUUCGCGGUGGUACUGUUUGAAUGUGGGGAGGCAGAAGAUUUCACACCAGCCAAAUCACUCAUGAACAUGUGCUUCACUUUCUAUUAUGAAGGUUGCCAUGGAAAGAACUUUCUGUACAGUUUCCUGAGAGACCAGCCUAUCUGGCAGUCCUUACGGUUCUGGAACGCCGCUUUCUUUGAUGCAGUGCAGCUGGAGAGAUCCAAGAGACCUGUUUGUACAAGUGAUGACGGGGAUGAUCUUCAGAAAGAUGACAGACAGUUUCAGGAAAACAUCACGUUUGGACAACUAGGGACGUUCACCUGCAAUAUGAGAGCCUUUGGCUUGUCCAGGGAUCUUUGUUUAGAAUUCCUACGGAAACAAUCAACAAUUGCCAAUCUGAAAAAAGAGCAAGUACAGAUGUUAAAAGACAACGUCGAUAAAACUCGGGAAUCUUAGUCCAUGAUUUCACAUUCCAGGAAGGACAACUCAUACAUUCUGCCACAGGAGAAGUAAAUGGAGAACUUAAGUGCAUACCUGUAGCUUUAUUUUGGUUCAUAGUUAACCAUUUAGUGUUGCAUUUAUUUUUUGCCACUGUGUAUAAUUUUUCAUCAAAUUGGUUAUGUUGUUCAAAAAUGCUUUUAUAUAGAACAUGUGUAUAUAAUUGGUCCAGAUUGAUUCUGAACAUUUGCUGUAUGUAUAAAUUUGAUACAUGGUGUUUUUUUGGGUUUUUUUUUGUUACAGGGUAGUCUUUACAAAACUAUUGUUGUGUCUAAAUUGUUCCAACAUAUUCAAUCAUUAGAAAAUCAUUGGGUAUACAAAGUUAUGUUUCAUCUCCCCUUACCUGUUAUAAUUUCCUUUGAGUACCGGUUUAUCAUAUCACAAUCAUUAUCUUUAUUUAAACAUUUGCAAGUAAAUUUGUUCCACAUUUAGCUGAAUUUGUAAAUAUUUUUCAAAAUGGUUUUUAGAACUGUCUUUCCAAGCUUUUGUUGAAGAUUGUUUAAUUUGUUGAAAACGUUUGUGAUAUACACGAAUUGGAAAUGUGAAAGUGGUUUGUAUAUAAUUAUCUGAACAAAACUAUCUCAUUAUGUUUUAUUCUAUAAUCAGAAUUAUCCCAGUUAACCUUAACAAAGCAGUACUUGGUACUAGGGUUAAAGUUCUAUAGUUGUUCAGGUCCUUUUUUUGGCAGUUGAAAUUGUUCAUGUUUUGCCUUUGUACAUCAAUGAUACUUCGAUGUAUCGUAAACAUUUCCUUAGUCUGUUGAGAAAUGCUUUUGCAGUAAAACAUGGUUAUAUCGAAGUGCAAGGGACGGGUAAUUUUGCUUUGUUAUAAGCUUAAUUUGUUAUAUCCGUCAAGUUCACACAUAUAAUAUAGUCACAGGGAAUGAAAAUCACUUCGCUGUAAGCAUCAAUUCAUUAUAAGCGUGUUUGCUAUAACCAUGUUUUAAUGUAUAUAUUAAUCUUUUAGCACUGUGAGAAUUACAGUCAAACUUUGUUAUCUCGAACUAGAUGGGACUGUUUAAAAACUUCAAGAUAUAUGAUCCAUUUAUAUAUAACAAGAUUAAUAUAGUUUAUAAACAAUUUAUUGAAACAUUCCAUAGUGGACACUGGGGACUACUAACUGUUUACAGCUAAGAUUAACAGAUGUAAGUAAAUGACAAAUACUGUCUGAAAGGAAAAAACACACCCUGUAAUCGGGUGACAUAACUUCAAACAAAAUACAUGGAUACUUAGAUGACAAAAUUAACCCUCUAAAGAGAGUUUAAAAUACAUACAAAUUAUCCCCUUAGAAAACAUGGGGGGAAUUGGUGGAAAUUCAAAAAUUUAAACAACAAGACAAUGUAUUUGAGAUAUUUGAGGGUAAAAUACUCUAAAAAUAAGCGGUUUGGACUUACAAAUCACUUUGACAUAUCCACUGUAUUCGAGAUAUCAGUAUAUAUAAAACUAUAACAACAGCGGUGUUCUAUUCAUAAAAUGAGUUUAAAAGGGCUUGAUGGUCAUGGCCAUUUGUAGACUGUAUUUAUCUCCUUUAGAUGAAUUUUGAAGAGCUCUGUAUAAAGAUGCUAAAAAAUAAUCAAAUUUUAAAUCUAAAAAAAAUGUAUUUCUUUUUUAAUAAUGAAUAGCUUAUGGCCAAACAUAAUUUAUUGAAAUUUUAAAGCAGAUCUGAUGGAUCAAUUGUUGACCAUCACGACUCCUUAAGGUAUUCAAUGUAUAAUGAAGGGAUAUUGAACAAUUGUGAAUCCUUUGAAACAAGUUAAAUAUGUAUUGCUAGAUAACAAUAAAAGUGAAAUUAACCAAACUCACAAGACUGACAACAUGUAAGAAGCCGGUCAUUUUGAACGUUAAAAUGUUUUAUAGAGUUAUCUCCCCUUGAGGAAAAAAAAAAGAAAAUUUUAAUUUCUUCAAAAUAUCUGCAAUAAACGACUCAUUUUAUUUUAAAUCUAAAUAAAGAGAAAGUUCACGCAUGUAUUAACCAAGAGAGUUUUACAAAUUUAAGUUACUUUUUACAAUAUCUUAAUAAAACAUACUUUGCCCAUAGACUUCAAUGCAAAUUUUAACAUGUAAUUGAUUGGACUUAAUUUAAUCAAAAUUUUGAAAAUUCCUUUGAUGGGGUAUUUUUAUUAAAUAACACCUUCAAAAUGAUAUCAUGAUUAAGAAUAUCGGACCAUUCAUUUAUUAGGUACAAAAUGUGGUUGUUAUACAUUGAAUACCUUAAUACAUUGUUGAUCUCUCAGGUAUCAAUUGUUAUGCAAAUUUCUGAAUUGAUUCAGUUGAAAGUAUUUCUAUUUGUUUGUGAAUCCAGCUAAAAUGAAUGUUUCUAAAAUUAUUAAUGAAGACCUUUUAAGACUGUUUCAUUUAUGUGAUAUUCUUAUGGCAUGUCUGAGAAUUAAAUUAAGAUGUUUAUGAGCAUCUAGUUAUGAUUUCAGGUUUUUGUAUAUAGGUGUUCUUAAAAUUGUUCAUGAAACAAUUGGGGGAAAAGCUUGAUUAAACUUUACCUGUUCAAAAUGUAAGAGAAAUGUUUAUCUUUUUUAAUGUUUACAACAGAUUAUUUCAAAGUGCAAUAUCGUUAUACAUGUAUCUAUCAUCUGUUAACUUUCAUAAACCUAAGAGACAUUUUUUUUUCUCUACCAGUGAGGUUGUAACGAAUGAGUGCUAGAAUUUUUCAUAUAAUUUAUUAAAGUCUACAGCAAUGUGCUAUUUAUAGAAUGUAGAUAUUUAUUUACAAUUGUUAAUUUUUACAAAGUUUAUGGUUGGGUUUUUUUUGUGAAUUUUUGUAUCAUUAAGAAAUCCAUAUAUUGGAUUGAUAUCUCCUUUGUGAUAGAAUCUUGGAUUUUUUUUUCCUUUUGUUGAAGUUAUAUAUCUCAGUCCCUUCAUUUUCUUUAUUUUGUUGAUUUAUAUUUCAAUUUAUUAGUGCUCUUAUUAUUUAUUUUUACUUCAAUUGAUAUAUACAAUAUACAAUGUUUUGUUGAUUUGUUUAAGAACCUGUAUUUUCUCUCUUUGGCAAUAUCAAACAAUGAAUAGCUAUGUUACAUGUAUUUACCAAUAAGUAUACAUGCAGGUUUAAAUGUCAGGUGUCAGAAAUUUUUUCUCUCAAUAUUUACAAAAAGUUGAUGUUCCUAUAAAAAACACAUAUGAAUAUAACUGUAGUAUCUAUAAAAUGAUAUUUUGUAACUUAUGGUACUUCUGUCUCAAAGAGGUGUGAAAUAUUCUGAGAGCUAUAUUUGUUAAGACUUUCAAUAGAUGAGUGUAUAAUGUUUUUGAAUACUCUAAGAAAGAGUCAUCCCUGAAAGGGAGGCUUCUCUGUUCAGAUUGACCUGAAGAUUGAUGCAAACAGGAAUAAGAGAUGUGUCAAGAAUCAUAUGAUCCAAUACAUUCCAGUUGACUUUGUGCUUGGCUAUCAGCAUCAGAACUUUGAUAUAACAUGUACAUUCCAUUGGAUAAUCUUGUUAGCUGUGGUUUUAGUUUUCUUUAUUUUUUUCUUUCUUACUUUCCUCUGAAGCUAAAAAUCAUCCAAGAUUGUGUAACAUACUAAGUUCUUUAGGUAUGUAUUGUGUAUAACUUUGAGGACUUUUUUCAAAACAUUAAUUUUGUACUCAUAUAGUAAGAUAAUUUAGAGUUAUCUGAACUUUUUAUUUUGGUUAUGAUAAGUGUUUAUGUAAGUUUAGAUAAUAAUGCAAUGAUAGUGUAUAUAAAUAAUGCAGUGUUAUAUUCUCUAGUUAGCCAUAGCUGUAUGGUAGUAAACCAAAUGCAGUAAAACAAAGCUAUCCUUAGAAUGGAUAUAAAAGAUUCCCGCUUAAACAAUUUUCAUGAAGUAGGAAUACACGUAAUUCUAUAGGAAAGAGUGUCUGUAACAGGUAAAACUGACUGCCCUUGGUGCUUAUUGUGAGCCCUGUUUAUUGUGUGUAGUACAUGCUUUGUUCACACAGGGAGUCCAGUGGUACAUGUAGCCAUUGUCUGUUGUGUAGACUAGAACUGUAGUGCAUCAAUAUUCAGUGUUACCGUCACACAAUGCAAUAAACUCAUCAACAGGC